AUGGCCAAGCAUGUGUCCCGCCAGCGCAAGCACAAAGUGCUUGCUCGCGAAAGGGCCAAGGAAAAUGCCCGGCAUGAAGUCGAGGACACGAACCAGGAAAUCCUGCCCAGCGACAGGAAGGCGCUCGAGGAGAAGAAGGCUCGCAUGAAGGAGGAGCUGCGCCAGGAUGGAGUUAAAAUAAGCGGCAAAAAGGCAAAGCGCCUUGAGAAAUACAUCGACAAUAAACUCAAGAAAGACGAAAACCGGGUACUGCUGGCCAAGUUGGCGGCGAGCCGAGUCGACACCACCCUCUUCUCGAGCAGCAGGUCGCUUGGCCAGGGCAAAGAGACGAAAAAGCAGAUCCUCGCGCGAGCGUUGAGGGAGACCAAGGCAGGAAUCGAGGACGAGAAUGCGCAAAAGAUCCUGCUCGAGAGGAGAAGAGAACCGACCGAGGAGGACGAAGUGGAGGAAGUGGACGAUGGCGACAGCGACGAGGAUGGAAAGGCUCCCCAAUCCAGCAAAACGAAAGAAAUGGAGAUCGUCCCUGUUCCAACCUUGGCGCUGCCGGCCGCGAAGGACCCCGCCACACUUGGAUCAGGUCUCAAACGGCCGCUCGAGACGGAUGAUGAUGGUCGCCCCGUCAUCAAAAAGCGGCAGAAGAGAGGAGGCGUGAAGACAAAGAUUCAGCCUGUGCCUGUUGUCGCGUCCACCUCGGACGGGUCCGAGGCUGACGAGUGGGCCGGCAUUGACAGCGAUGAUGCCAGAGUAGACAUCUCGAGCGAGAGUGACGGCGAGUCUAGCGGCAGUGGAAAUGGUUCCGACGACGACCAAGCCUCUGGUUCUGGCUCUGAUGAUGAAUCCAGUGAGGAUGACGACGGCGAAUCGACAGACGGCGAAGUCGUCGACGGGGAAGCAAGAGCGCAGAGGUCAUCGGCGUUCAAAGCUUGGGCCACCCAGCAACGAAAUGAAGCUCUUGGAUUCCAACCGACCGAUGCCGCGACGGCUGCUCUGGAAAUACCCAAGCCGGAAAACUUCAUACCCAGGGCACCCGAGCAGGAUCCAUUACCGCUCGAACUCAAGCCAACCACAAGAACGGACCGAAAGGUGUUCAGUGUGACGGUGACGAGAACACCAGAGAUCCAAGAGGCCCGUCUGAAGCUCCCUGUCGUGUCCGAAGAACAACGGCUCAUGGAGGCAAUCCACAACCACGACGUCGUCGUCAUUUGCGGUUCUACCGGUUCUGGAAAGACCACCCAGAUCCCCCAGUUUCUCUACGAAUCCGGAUUUGGCUCUCCCGACUCUCCAACGCCCGGCAUGAUUGGCAUCACGCAACCGCGUCGAGUCGCGGCCGUCAGCAUGUCGAAGCGAGUGGCUGAGGAGCUCGGCGACCACGCGGGAGCCGUCGCCUACCAGAUUCGGUUCGAGGGUACCGUGGACGCCAAGACGGCCGUCAAGUUCAUGACGGACGGUGUUUUGCUUCGAGAGAUUGCCCAGGACUUUGCGCUGCGCAAAUACUCAGCCAUAAUAAUCGACGAGGCCCACGAGAGGAGCGUCAAUACCGACAUUCUCAUCGGCAUGCUCAGUCGUGUCAUCAAGCUGCGGGCCGAGCUGGCUCUCGAGGACCCUGCGCUCAAACCGCUGAAGCUGAUCAUCAUGUCGGCUACGCUGAGGAUAGAAGACCUCACCAUGAAUUCGACGCUAUUUCCCACCCCGCCGCCCGUCCUCGAGGUCGAGGGACGGCAGCAUCCCGUCACGAUGCACUUUGCCCGAAAGACUCCACAUGACUACGUCGAGGAGGCGUUCAAAAAGAUAAGCCGGGGACACAAGAAGCUUCCUCCUGGCGGAUUCUUGGUUUUCUUGACCGGCCGUAACGAGAUCAUCCAGCUGAGCAAGCAGUUAAAGGCUGCCUUUGGCGGGCCCAACUCUGCCGACGGACCCAAGGUGCAAAUAUCGGCAAGUGAAGCGCCCGUGGAGGUGGAGGACAUCGAGUUUGGAGAUGUCGAUGACUUCGCCGCUGAAGACAUGGACGACGAUCUGGGCUCGGACGAGGAGGAGGAGGAAGAGUUCCAGAUCGAAGAAGAACAGCAGGAAGCGCCGCUCAAGAUGCAGAUAUUACCGCUCUACUCGUUGCUUCCCACAAGGGAGCAGAUGAGAGUGUUUGAGGAACCCCCGGAAGGAACGCGGCAGAUUGUGUUGGCCACCAACGUUGCCGAGACGAGUUUGACCAUUCCAGGAACUCGCUUCGUCUUUGACUGCGGGAGGGCGAAGGAGAGGCAUCACGAUCGCACCAGCGGAGUUCAGAGCUACAACAUCGGCUGGGUCAGCAAAGCCAGCGCAAACCAGCGUUCCGGUCGUGCUGGUCGGACAGGGCCCGGCCACUGCUACAGACUCUACUCCUCGGCCGUCUUUGAGCGAGAUUUCGCUGCCUUUUCGGACCCCGAGCUGCUGCGGAUGCCUAUAGAGGGUGUCGUCUUGCAGCUCAAGGCCAUGAACCUCCAAAACGUCGUCAACUUUCCCUUCCCCACACCGCCAGAGAGGCAGAGCUUGGCCAAGUCAGAAAAGUUGUUGACCUAUUUGUCUGCGCUUUCAACGAGCGGCCAGGUGACGCAGAUCGGCAAGACCAUGUCCGUCUUCCCCUUGUCUCCUCGUUUCGCACGCAUCCUGCUCGUCGGCCACCUCCACGACUGUCUGCCUUAUACGAUCGCCCUCGUCGCCGGGUUAUCUGCCGCCGAGGUCUUCAUUCCCGAAAACCAAGCGAUACCUACGUUGGCGGCCAACGACGAUGCAGCGGUCCGUACGAAUGCCGACGUCAUGGCAGAGGACCGUCAAGCCAACAUAAGGCGCAUGUUCAACGAUGUCCAAAAGAACUUUUGCUUCCUGGAUGACAAAUCUGACGCCAUCAAGCUGCUGCAGGUUGUUGGCGAGUUUGCGCACGAGCCGACGGAGGAGUGGUGCGAGAGUCAUUUUGUUCGCUUCAAGGUGCUCAAGGAGAUCCAACAGCUGCGCAGGCAGAUUUCGGAGCUCCUGCGGGCCAACGUGCCAGCGUUUGCAAGCCUGAAAUACCAGGACAAGCUGGAGCCGCCUUCGCCGAAACAGGUGAGCGCGCUGAAGCAGAUGGUCGCCGCCGGCUUCGUCGACCAGGUGGCACUGCGGGCAGACAUGGCGCCCAACCCACCAGAGCAUUACAGGAAGCCUCGGCGGGCCAUCGACGUGCCAUACAUCCCGCUCAUUCCUCUGCACGCCGCCGGCGCCGACAGCAGCAGCGGCCUCGUGUAUAUCCACCCUACAUCGCCGCUCGCCCACCUCAGCACGCAGGAGUGUCCCGAGUACGUGGUGUACUCGUACCUUCAGCGUGCCACGCCGUCGGGUCUAGACCCGCAGAAGACUCCCAAGACAAGGAUGCACUCGCUGACGGACGUGACGGGUGGCCAACUUUCCGGUCUAGCCAAGGGUACGCCACUGAUUAGUUACGGCAAGCCGAUUAAGGAGGUCAAGGCUGCGUCGGCAGUUGAUGGUGGCACAACACGGGAGUGCUGGGUGGUGCCAUAUCUCAGGGCUGAGAGCACGGGGGGUCAAGGCUGGCCGUUGCCAGCCAAGAAGGUCAAGCAGAUCAAAGUGCCCGGCAAGGGCUGGGUGGUGGAAUGA